AUGGCCCUGAGCGCCUUCCUGCUGGGGCUACCCCCGGUCUGUGUCCUCCUGCUGUGCCUGCCCACUCUAGGCCAAAGCGCGGUAGGUCCCGUGGUCCCCGAUGUCCCCUUUGUUGCCGUUUGGAACGCCGGCACUGAUUUCUGCCAGAAAAACUUUCAAGUCAGCAUUGACCUGGACACCUUCCAUAUCGUGGCCAAUCCAGGCCAAGCCUUCAGGGGGCCAAACAUGACCAUCUUCUAUAGCACCCAGCUGGGCAUUUACCCCUCCUACACAUCGGAGGGGCAGCCUAUUCAUGGGGGUCUCCCGCAGAAUGCCAGCCUUGCUGCCCACCUGGCCAGGGCUCAGCAGGACAUCUUGGAUUUUAUCCCCAAACCUGAUUUCCAGGGCCUGGCAGUCAUCGACUGGGAGUCAUGGCUCCCGCUGUGGGCUUACAACUCUGACUCCAAGAACAUUUACCGGGAACGCUCUCGGGAACUGAUCAGAAAGAAGCACCCAGACUGGCCUUCUUGGAGAGUGGAAACUGAGGCUGUAGCCCAGCUUGAGGGAGCAGCCAAGGCCUGGAUGCUGGACACCCUGAAGCUGGGGGAGGCCCUGCGACCCGAAGGGCUCUGGGGCUACUACGGUUUCCCAGACUGCUACAACUACAACUUUGAGAGUCCCAACUACUCGGGCCAAUGCCCACCAGGUAUUGAGGCCCGGAAUGACCAACUACAGUGGAUGUGGGAAGAGAGCCGUGCCCUCUAUCCCAGCAUCUAUCUGUCUACAAAGCUGGCAGGCGAUGCGCACAGCCUGCUUUAUGUUCGUGCGAGGCUUCAAGAGGCUUUCCGGGUAGCAGCGGGCACCCAAAGUCCUGGCCGACACAUCCUGCCCUACGCUCAGAUACUUUAUGAGGACACUGACCGCUUUCUGCCUUUGGAGGAGCUGGAGCAGAGCAUUGGGGAGAGCGCAGCACAGGGAACAGAUGGGAUCGUUCUGUGGAUCAGCUGGGGGAACUACAAGAGCAAGGAAUCCUGCCAGGCUAUCAAGGACUACAUGGAUACCACUCUGGGUCCCUUCCUCUUGAACGUGACCACCAGUACCCGCCUCUGCAGCCAAGCACUGUGCUCAGGGCAUGGGCGCUGUGCCCGCCGCCCAGACCACUCUCACGCCUUCCUCUUCCUUAGCCCAUCCAACUUCUCCAUCCGACGCCAGCCAGUCAGUGGGCACUUGGCAGUAGAGGGCUCUCUGACAGAGGAGGCCAGAGUCAAAAUGGCAAUGGAGUUUGAAUGCCAAUGCUACUCCGGCUGGGAUGGAGAGCGCUGUGAGCGCCAGGAUGACCACUGA